UGACGAAGUUACCUUCGUCACAGGGGAUUUACUGGAAAUAUGUUUUAGUAGUUGUCCGGUCAACCUUACACUUGAUGGGUAUAUAGCUGAGGACCCAGGGAGAGUGCCUUGUUAAAUGAGACGCUGUCUGAUGUAAUGGACAGAGCUCCAAUUGGGGUGCACUUGGCUUUUGUUGGAUACUCUUACACCGCAACCUGUCAGACGGGUGCCAUCGACCGAAGUCUAGACAUCAUGAUGCAGAUUGACCACUCAAGUCUCAGGGACUGUGAGAGCCGUUACACACCGGAGAAACUGAGUCAGCAGUGGCAGCUCACAGACAAUCUGCCAGAUGAGCUGUCUGCAUUGCUGGAGCUUCCACUCACAUUAGAGCAAGGUCAAACUGCAUCCACCCACACCACCACUGAGGAAGAGGAGGAGGAGAAUGAGGAGGAGGAUGUGGAGGAGACCAACCAAAUAUCCGGACUCCAUGAAGACUUGCAGAGGCGGUUACAGGAGGCAGAGAGGAGAUAUUGUGAGCUGGAGAAAGAAAUGGAGAGGUUGAAGGGGGAGAUGCAGGACUGGAGAGCCCCCAAGGAGACAGCACUGAGUCUCUGCCCAGCAUCUCUUGCUCUGCCUGCCCACUGUGUAGACGCACCAAGGGAUAGGGAGAGAGUGCCCCCUGCCUGCCAUUACCCACUGGUGAUUCCUCUCCACCGACACCUGCUCCUGUUCCACAGGGUUCGCCUGCCACAGGUGACGAGUGAGUCCUACCUGCUGGUGUGUGCCAAAGGGGGGGAGCUCCAAGCAUGGCAGAGAACCUGUUACACUGAGCUCUCCUGAAUGCAUUUUCAAGGUGGCAUAUAAUGACUUCUCCUAAUAUAACAAGACAAAGGGCUGAGGUCACGCUUUGCCGGAAACAGGCAAAGCAGGACUGCAAGGGGAGCUGCGGAGGGUGUCAGUACUGUACACAACUUUUAAAAUGAAGUGUUCCAACUGAUAUGAGGAGAAAGGGGGCUCAGACUGCUGGGAGCUAAUGAGGAAGAAAUGAUGAUGAUGAAAUCUUCUGACCUACCUUGCCUGCUUACCAGAUGGACAGUCAUGAUAGAGAUGCACUGAGUUUUGAGCACAGUGAGAAAAACACUCACCUUAAUGUGUGACAAUGACAAUCAGGUUUCAGUGACACACAGAGGGUUAGAAUCUCUUUUGUAUAAUGUAUCUGCACCUUUGGGUGUAUUGGUCUUGUGUUGCACUCCUAUGGGCAUGUUUUUGCUGUGCCUGUAUUUAUAUUCAAGGGUUACUAAUAAUGACCCAGAUAUGUUUGUAUAUUAACUUGGGCCAUACCAUCAUAGGCUCUGAACGUGUAAAGGGUGUGCUGCAUAGACACAGGCAAACAUUAUGGAGGAUUGAGAUUAAUCAUUUCACUAUUACAAUUUAUCUCCCUAUACAAUUGUCUAAGUGGCUAUUUCAAAGCCCUCCACACAUUGCCAGAAUUAUAAUUAUGAUUAGUUGAACAUGUUUGAAUUUGUUUGGUGUAAAUUUGUAAAAUUUGAGAAAUAACCAGAAUCAGGCAUGAUGUAUAAUGUGUGUUUUAUUGAAGAAUGUGAACUUGUCCUCAGGCGGAUAUGAACCCCUACAUUUCUUCAAGCAAUAAUGAUGAUAUGACCUUGUUCUCUCUACAUCCCCAACCUUUACAGUGACAGUGACCUUCAAUUCUGCCAUUAAAACCUUUAAAAGUUAUAUUGAAAACAAAACAUGAACUCAAAUUUGAAACAUUGAUGUUCUUACACUUGCAUUCAAAAAGGCUGUAUUUACACUGAAAAA